AUGAUGCAGUUUUCCAAGCCUUCGGGCUGGCAGGUCCUAGCGACAAAGAGAAAGCUCCUGAUAUCAUGUGUUCUGGGCGUCUUUUUUCUUGCCAUCGGGAUGGAUCUCCGAAGAGAGCCCCGAUCUGGACACAACCAGAAGAUGUCCAAGCGCGACAACACCGACACAGACGACACCGAUAUCUGGCAACCAGAAGCCGGAGUAAAAUGGCAAAUCCAACUUGUCGACCCCGUCGAAGACACCACUGUCGACGCCGACAUCUGGGACAUCGACCUCUUCGAGAACACCGCUGAAACAAUCACCACUCUGAAGGAGAAAGGCCACAAAGUUAUCUGCUACUUCUCGGCCGGCACAUACGAAGACUGGCGCCCCGACAUUAACAAGUUCGACCCCGAAGACUUCGGCAGCAACCUCGAUGAAUGGCCAGGCGAGCGCUGGCUCGAUAUCACGUCGGACAGGGUCCGCGCGAUUAUGAGCUCGCGGUUGGAUAUUGCAAAGGAUAAGGGCUGCGAUGGUGUUGACCCGGACAACAUUGAUGCGUAUGGAAAUGAGAAUGGUCUUGGGUUGACCGAAGCCGACUCGGUUGACUUUUUGACUUUCCUGGCGAAGGAGUCGCAUUCCCGUGGCAUGGCUAUCGGGUUAAAGAAUGGAGGUGAUAUCAUCGGCUCAGUCAUUGAUAUGAUGCAGUGGUCGGUGAAUGAGCAGUGUGCUGAGUAUAAUGAGUGUGAAGUGUAUGCUGCAUUCACCGAAGUCAAUAAACCUGUUUUCCAUAUCGAAUAUUCCGGGGAGUCUCUUGAGGCUCGGGGCUAUGAUGAUACUUCGGCCACCACCGACACUCCCACUGGCAGCGAGGUUACCGCUGCUGGCAGUAUUGGGCCUGAGGGCUCUAAUGAUACUCCUGGAAGCCUCGCUGCCCCCAUUGAAAAUAUUGACCUUACGCCUGGGGUCGCUGGUGAUACUUCUGGCAGCCUUGCCGCCCCUCUUGAAUCCAUUGACCCUAAAGCUGGGACUACUGGCACCACCACCGAGGUUCCCAGUGGCAGCGGAGCCACCACUUCUGACAGUAUUGCUCCUGAGGCCUCUGCCGAUACCUCUGGCAGCCAGGCUGGCCCCCUUGAUCCCGCUAUCAAGACACCAAUUGGUAACGAGGCUACUGCGACUGACACUGUCGCUUUGGCUAGCACAGACGCAGAUACCACCAAGUCUGGUAGCAUCAAUAGUCCCAUCAACACUAGCACUGCCACCACUGCUGAUAUCAAUGCCGAUGUCACCAAGGAUGAACACCUUUGUGUACACGGUCGUUACAAAGUCCGAGCCAGAAGUGUUCUCUCCUCGAAGUUGAAGAUAUCAGCUUGUAACGCAGCCAACACCAACAAAUUCUCGACU